UGACGCAACUUGAGUUCAUCGCCAACAAUAAUCCAAGAUGGCGGCUGGUUCUAGUUCUACGGAUUCCAACCAACAAGUCGAUCGAAUAUCUUCCCUCUAUCCGAAGGUAGACGAGUCAGAAACGCCAUUGCCGCGAUGCUGGAGCCCUAAAGAUAAAUUCACCUUCAUCGGUCUAUCACAGAACAAUCUUCGUGUACAUUAUAAAGGUGUUGGGAAAACUCACAAAGAUGCAGCAUCUGUAAGAGCUACACACCCUAUACCACCAGCAUGUGGUCUGUAUUAUUUUGAAGUACGAAUUGUCAGCAAAGGACGCGAUGGAUACAUGGGUAUUGGUCUGUCAGCACAAGGAGUAAAUAUGAACAGACUUCCUGGAUGGGAGAAGAAUUCUUAUGGUUUCCAUGGAGAUGAUGGUCACUCUUUUUGCUCGUCUGGGACUGGGAAGCCGUAUGGACCGACAUUUACAACAGGAGAUAUUAUUGGCUGUGGAUUAAACCUUAUUGAUAACACUUGCUUUUAUACUAAAAACGGAGUCAACUUAGGUAUUGCUUUCAGAGACCUUCCAUCUAACCUUUAUCCUACUGUGGGACUACAAACACCAGGAGAAGUUGUGGAUGCAAACUUUGGACAACUUCCAUUUAUAUACAACAUAGAUGAGGAAAUAAAGGAAAUUCAUUCCAACACGAGACAAUCGAUAGAAAGACAUCCAAUAUGUGACAAAGAAGGACAGUGGCAAUCAACAAUACAAAAAAUUGUUUCAACAUAUCUCCGACAUCAUGGCUAUUGUGCAACAGCUGAGGCAUUUGAUAGAAGUACAGGACAAACAAGUCCAGAGGAGCUGGCCUCCAUUAAAAACAGACAAAGAAUACAGAAGUUGGUAUUAGCUGGACGUAUGGGAGAAGCUAUAGAAAUGACUCAAGCACUUUACCCAGGACUAUUAGAAAGAGACCAAAAUCUUUUAUUUGUUCUUAAAUGUCGUCAGUUUGUUGAAAUGGUUAGCGGUAAUGAUAGUGAAGUACGUCCAUCUGCACACAGUCCAAGGUCUAGUCCUAAUGUUAGUCCCACCCAUUCUUAUGGUGGUGCAUCUGUAAGUAGUGUAGGUGCAAGCUCAAGUGGCUCGGCAUCUAAUGGUCUUGUCAGUAAUGGCGUUGAUAAUGGAAUUGUGGAAGAUGACGAUGCAGCUAUGGAAGUAGAAGAUGUGGAAGAAUCAUCUAAUGGAAGCAUAUUAAAUGGUGAUACAAUGCCUGAUGACCAGCCUCACAGUCCCAGAAAGAGUUCUUCAGAAGCUUGUUCACCAAGACAAUUAUGUUGUGGUAAUCGAUCUUCUUUAGAAAAGGUUCUAAGUUUUGGUAGAGACUUACAAAACAUGAGUGUACAACUUAGAAGAGAACAUGGCAAAAAUGAAUCCAACAAGAAGGCUUUACAGGAUGCAUUCAGUUUAUUAGCAUACAGUGAUCCAUGGUCUAGUCCUGUAGGAUAUCUUUUAGAUCCAGUUCAACGAGAACCCAUUUGUUCAGCCUUAAAUAGUGCAAUUUUAGAAUCCCACAAUAUGCCAAGACAGCCACCAUUAGACCUUGUCCUUGGACAGGCACAAGAAUGUCUUAAAUUAAUGUCAAAAGUAGGACUAGGGGCUUGUGCUUUUGCAAGUGUAGAGGAAUUUCUUCAGUAAUAAUAUUUAGUUGUUGUUUUUUCAUUCACAAAAGCUAUCUGAAAAUAGUGAAAUUUGAUCAAACUUCAAAUGAACCUCUUGUAUUUUUUGUGGCACUAACAAACUUAUUGUAAGCAAGAAACAAUACAUAUCCACUGAACAGUGUUGAACCUCAGUUGGGGACAUGUGAUAUAAAGSUUAUGAUUUUCUGCAAUUUUGAAUGAGAUAUUUCCAGAAAGGGUCAAUACUWGCUUGAUGUAAUUAAAGAGGUGUCAUGGAAAGAGGAUGAAACAACUAUUUUAAGUUUGAAAUAGCCUCAGAGUCCCUCGGAUUGUUGUGUGGAGAGAAUUUGUACAGAUUUGGUUUGGCCAGAAUUUUUUCCUCAAAAAGUUUUUUUUUUUUUGUAUUUUGGGUGUGUUCACUCAGGCAUCUAUAGAUUGUUAAUUUUAAAGGAGAAAAUGUGAAAAACAGUGAUAAACRAAAUAAUAUAUUAAUAUGUAAGAGACUCAUUUGUAUUUCAAUAUUUGCUUUAGUUUGAUGUUUGCCAUGACGUUUUUAUUUAUAGAAUGAUUUAACUGUCCUUGUACUAAUUUCUUUCUGUGAAAUAGUUAAGGGCGCAUGUGUGACAUAUUUGCAAGAUAAUUUAACAAUAGUUGAAUUUUAGGAUAAUAUAUGACUGACGAAGCACAUUACAGCAAGAUUUGCCAAAUCGUGUCAACAUGCAACACUCUAGUAUUUUUGCUAGAUUUUAUUAUUGUGUAGAAUUUGAAUCCUUCAAACGUCUUGCAAGUAUUUUAACCAUGCAAGUCUUUAUUUACAAAAGAACGAGUUAUACGRUGGUAUGUGAGUUCUCACUUGGAUUGGCUGAAUUCAUGAAACUUUGCCACUAAAAGGCAUGUUUCAUUGAAAGAAUUCAAAGCAUGAAAUUCAACAAAUAGGCAUGUACUUUUGCUGCCAUGUUUUAAGGUGUAUUGUAUGUAAAAGAUCUAUUUCAACCAAAUUUUUGGAAUUCACAUACACAUCCAGGAAAAAAUGACAUUAUAGAAAAAAAAUAAAAUGUCAAGCAUUGACAAAGCACUUUUUCAGCCCCAUACCAGGAUUUCUACUCCAUGCAAGAUUGUGUUCAUGUUGUCGUAUUGUAAAAUUGCUUUUUAAUUUAUUAUAUUUUUGGUUUCUUUUACUUUUAAUAAAAUCAGGUAACAUGACA